AGGACCUGCGUGUGAUCGCGCGCCCUCGGGCCGGGAGCGGACGAUGCCCGGGCGGCUCAGAGUCCCCGCCCGCAGCAGGCCCUAGGCGGGCACGGGCGGGCGCCCGGACCCCAGGAACCUCGAACUCGCCGCACCGACGCGAUGGCCUCGGAGGUGGUGUGCGGGCUGGUCUUCAGGCUGCUGCUGCCCCUCUGCCUGGCAGUAGCGUGUGCUUUCCGAUACAAUGGGCUCUCAUUUGUCUACCUUAUCUACCUCUUGCUCAUUCCCCUGUUCUCAGAACCAACAAAAGCAACAAUGCAAGGACACACAGGACGGCUACUAAAGUCACUGUGCUUCACCAGUCUUUCCUUCCUGUUACUGCACAUCAUUUUUCACAUCGCCUUGGCUAGCCUUGAAGCUCAGCACCGUAUCGCACCUGGUUACAACUGCUCAACGUGGGAAAAGACAUUUCGGCAGAUUGGCUUUGAAAGCUUGAAAGGAGCUGAUGCUGGCAAUGGGAUCCGAGUGUUUGUGCCUGACAUCGGGAUGUUCGUUGCCAGUCUGGCCAUCUGGCUCAUCUGUAGAAACAUUGUUCAGAAACCAGUGACAGAAGAAGCUGCACAGUAUAACCCGGAGUUUGAAAAUGAAGAACUGACUGGAGGAGAAAAAAUAGACCCAGAGGAAGCACUCAUAUAUGAAGAGGAUUUAGAGGGAGGAGACGGUGAAGAAGGCGAGUUGGAAGAAAGCACAAAAUUAAAAAUGUUCCGCAGGCUUGCCUCAGUGGCUUCCAAGCUUAAGGAGUUCAUUGGCAACAUGAUCACCACCGCUGGGAAGGUUGUUGUGACGAUUUUACUUGGUUCAUCAGGUAUGAUGCUGCCGUCUUUGACCUCAUCGGUGUAUUUCUUUGUGUUUUUGGGUCUGUGUACCUGGUGGUCCUGGUGCCGGACAUUUGACCCUCUGCUCUUCAGCUGUCUGUGUGUCCUGCUGGCUAUUUUCACUGCCGGGCACCUGAUUGGACUCUAUUUAUACCAGUUCCAGUUCUUUCAAGAGGCAGUUCCACCCAAUGACUACUAUGCAAGGUUGUUUGGCAUCAAAUCGGUAAUUCAGACUGAUUGCUCCAGUACUUGGAAGAUAGUAGUCAAUCCAGAGCUGUCCUGGUACCAUCACGCCAACCCCAUCCUUCUGCUGGUGAUGUACUACACGCUGGCCACGCUGAUCCGCAUCUGGCUUCAGGAGCCCCUUGUACAGGAGGAGGGGGCCAAGGAAGAAGACAGAGCCUUGGCUUGUAGCCCCAUCCAAAUAACGGCCGAGAGGAGGCGCAGCCUGUGGUAUGCAGCCCAUUACCCAACCGACGAGAGAAAACUUUUGUCCAUGACCCAAGACGACUACAAAGCAUCUGAUAGCCUGCUGGUGACCGGGAACUGCACCCCCGUGGACUACCACACCCUCCACCCCAGCCUCCCCCUGGAGAAUGGCCCCAAGGCCGACAGGUACUCCACCCCCCAGUACCGCUGGGAGCCCUCCGAGGGAUCCACAGAAAAGAAAGAAGAAGAGGACGAGAAAGAAGAUUGUGGAGAUGAACGGAGCCCCGAGGAUAAAAGAAGCAUUAAAGUUCAUGCCAUGGCCUCUGUGUUCCAGUUUAUUAUGAAACAGAGUUACAUCUGUGCCCUUAUCGCGAUGAUGGCCUGGAGCAUAACCUACCAUAGCUGGUUGACUUUUGUGUUAUUGAUUUGGUCCUGUACCCUUUGGAUGAUCCGCAACAGAAGAAAAUAUGCCAUGAUCAGUUCUCCGUUCAUGGUUGUUUAUGGAAACCUCUUGCUGAUAUUACAGUAUAUAUGGAGUUUUGAACUUCCUGAAAUUAAAAAGGUCCCAGGAUUUUUAGAAAAGAAAGACCCCGGAGAACUUGCCUCAAAGAUUCUUUUCACAAUUACUUUUUGGCUACUGCUGAGGCAGCACCUCACGGAGCAAAAAGCUCUUCAACAGAAGGAGGCUCUUCUAUCUGAAGUCAAAAUCGGAGGUCAGGAAAAUGAAGAAAAAGAUGACGAACUUCAAGAUACUCAAGCGGAAGGUGAGCCCAAGGAGAAGGAGGAAGAAGAGGAGGCCAAGGAAGAGAAGAAAGAGAAAAAGAAAGAAGAGGAAGAAAUUGAAGAAGAAGAUGACGACGAUGAGCAGGACAUCAUGAAAGUGCUGGGGAACUUGGUGAUGGCCAUGUUCAUCAAGUACUGGAUUUACGUCUGUGGAGGAAUGUUCUUCUUCGUGAGCUUUGAGGGUAAAAUUGUAAUGUACAAAAUCAUCUACAUGGUGCUGUUUCUGUUCUGCGUGGCCUUGUAUCAGGUGCACUAUGAAUGGUGGAGGCGAAUUCUAAAAUAUUUUUGGAUGUCAGUGGUUAUUUACACUAUGCUGGUGCUUAUCUUUAUAUACACAUAUCAGUUUGAAAACUUCCCAGGCCUGUGGCAAAAUAUGACUGGACUGAAGAAAGAAAAGCUUGAGGAUCUUGGCUUAAAACAGUUUACUGUGGCUGAGCUAUUCACUCGCAUAUUCAUCCCAACCUCCUUUCUUCUGGUGUGCAUUUUACAUCUUCACUAUUUCCACGACCGCUUCCUGGAACUCACAGACCUCAAGUCCAUUCCCAGCAAAGAAGACAACACCGUCUACAGGUUGGCCCACCCGGAAGGAAGCCUGCCCGACCUCGCCUUGAUGAACCUGACAGCCACCUUGGAGAAGCAGGAGUCCAGGAUGCUGGAGGAGCCCCAGGAGGAGACGCCAGAGGGGGCCUACGACGGCGCCGAGAAGGCCGAGGCCGGGAAAGACAGCGAGGGGUCCGCAGAGGAAGACGAGGACGAGGACGAGGGGGAGUCGGAAGGAGAAGAAGAAACUUCCGAUUUGAGGAACAAAUGGCAUCUGGUGAUUGACCGUCUCACUGUGCUCUUCUUAAAAUUCCUGGAGUAUUUCCACAAGCUGCAGGUGUUCAUGUGGUGGAUUUUGGAACUGCACAUCAUCAAAAUUGUUUCGUCCUACAUUAUCUGGGUUUCUGUGAAAGAGGUGUCUUUGCUCAACUAUGUGUUCUUGAUUUCUUGGGCGUUUGCCCUACCAUAUGCCAAGCUACGCCGUCUGGCUUCAAGUGUCUGCACCGUCUGGACGUGUGUGAUUAUCGUCUGCAAAAUGUUGUACCAGCUCCAAACCAUUAAGCCUGAGAACUUUUCUGUUAACUGUUCCUUGCCAAAUGAAAAUCAAACGAACAUUGACGCUGACCAGUUGAACGCAUCUAUUCUCUACAGUGCCCCUAUCGAUCCGACAGAAUGGGUCGGCCUGAGGAAGUCCUCCCCUCUGCUUGUCUACCUGAGGAACAACCUCCUGAUGCUCGCCAUUCUGGCCUUCGAAGUUACAAUUUACCGACACCAGGAAUACUACCGAGGUCGAAACAGCCUGACAGCCCCUGUGUCUAAAACCAUCUUUCACGACAUCACAAGGCUGCAUCUAGAUAAUGGACUUAUUAAUUGUGCCAAAUAUUUCAUAAAUUACUUCUUCUACAAGUUUGGUUUGGAGACCUGUUUCCUAAUGUCAGUUAACGUGAUCGGUCAGCGAAUGGACUUCUACGCCAUGAUCCACGCCUGCUGGCUGAUCGCCGUGUUGUAUCGACGCAGGAGGAAAGCCAUCGCCGAGGUCUGGCCCAAGUACUGCUGCUUCCUGGCGUGCAUCAUCACCUUCCAGUACUUCAUCUGCAUUGGGAUCCCGCCUGCUCCCUGCAGAGAUUAUCCCUGGCGAUUCAAGGGUGCCAGUUUCAACAACAACAUCAUCAAGUGGCUGUACUUCCCGGACUUCAUCGUGCGGCCAAACCCUGUCUUUCUCGUCUAUGACUUCAUGCUGCUCCUCUGUGCCUCCCUACAACGGCAGAUCUUCGAGGAUGAAAACAAGGCCGCCGUGCGCAUCAUGGCAGGGGACAACGUGGAGAUUUGCAUGAACCUCGACGCAGCCUCGUUUAGCCAACACAACCCUGUGCCAGAUUUCAUUCACUGCAGAUCUUACUUAGAUAUGUCCAAAGUAAUCAUCUUCAGCUACCUCUUCUGGUUCGUCCUCACUGUCAUCUUCAUUACUGGAACCACCAGGAUCAGCAUAUUUUGCAUGGGUUACUUAGUGGCCUGCUUCUAUUUCCUGCUCUUUGGAGGGGAUUUGCUAUUGAAACCCAUCAAGAGCAUCCUGCGCUAUUGGGACUGGCUGAUUGCAUACAACGUGUUUGUGAUUACGAUGAAAAACAUACUGUCAAUAGGAGCAUGUGGAUACAUUGAGAACUUGGUGCACAACAGUUGCUGGUUGAUCCAAGCUUUCAGCCUGGCCUGCACAGUCAAAGGCUAUAAAAUGCCUGAUAGUAACGCCUCAUGUAAAUUGCCCAGUGGUGAAGCAGGGAUUAUUUGGGACAGCAUAUGUUUUGCCUUCCUCCUGCUGCAAAGAAGAGUUUUCAUGAGUUACUAUUUCCUACACGUUGUGGCUGAUAUAAAGGCUUCACAGAUCCUGGCAUCGAGAGGGGCGGAACUUUUCCAGGCCACGAUUGUAAAGGCUGUGAAGGCACGAAUUGAGGAGGAGAAAAAGUCGAUGGAUCAGCUGAAGAGACAGAUGGAUCGUAUCAAGGCCAGACAGCAGAAAUACAAAAAGGGUAAAGAGAGGAUGCUGAGCUUGACCCAGGAGGCAGGGGAAGGCCAGGACAUACAAAAACUCUCGGAAGACGACGAUGAAAGAGAAGCAGACAAACAGAAAGCCAAGGGCAAAAAAAAGCAGUGGUGGCGGCCUUGGGUUGAUCAUGCUUCCAUGGUCAGGAGUGGAGAUUAUUAUUUGUUUGAAACGGACAGUGAAGAGGAGGAAGAGGAAGAGCUAAAAAAGGAAGAUGAAGAGCCUCCAAGAAGGUCAGCUUUCCAGUUUGUUUAUCAAGCCUGGAUUACUGAUCCUAAAACAGCACUCCGACAGAGACGCAAAGAGAAAAAGAGGUCUGCGAGAGAAGAACAGAAACGAAGGAGAAAGGGAUCCAGAGAGGGUGCAGUGGAAUGGGAAUACCGAGAACAGGAACCGGUCAAAAAGAAAUCUGAUGGACCAGAUAAUAUCAUCAAGAGGAUAUUUAAUAUUUUGAAAUUUACCUGGGUUCUGUUUCUGGCAACAGUGGAUAGUUUCACAACUUGGCUUAAUUCCAUUUCAAGGGAACAUAUUGAUAUAUCUACAGUUCUGAGAAUUGAAAGAUGCAUGCUGACCAGAGAAAUUAAAAAGGGCAACGUCCCCACUCGGGAGAGUAUCCACAUGUACUAUCAGAACCACAUCAUGAAACUUUCCAGGGAGUCGGGGCUGGACACCAUCGACGAGCACCCCGGGACCUCCUCGGACCCACAGGCGGCCCACAGGAUGGACAGCCUCGAUUCCCAUGACAGCAUCUCCAGCUGCUACACUGAAGCAACCAUGCUGCUCUCAAGGCAGUCUACCCUUGAUGAUUUAGAUGGACCAGAAACUGUUCCUAAAACAAGUGAGCGUGCUCGACCUAGGCUUCGUAAAAUGUUCAGCAUGGAUGUGUCCUCUUCAUCAGCUGACAGUGGCAGUUUAGCAUCAAGCGAGCCCACGCAGUGCACCCUGCUAUACUCCCGCCAGGGCACCACUGAGACCAUCGAGGAGGUGGAGGCUGAGCAAGAAGAGGAGACCGUGGCCCCGAGACCCGAGCUCGAGGACACGGAUGACAAGGAGGAAGCUGGGGGCGACGUGGGGGCUGAGACGAUCAGCCUGACGCCUGAGGAUGAGCUGCCACGCUACUCCACCAUGGACGGGGACGUGGAGGCUCCCCCUUCCUACAGCAAAGCAGUCAGCUUUGAGCGCCUGUCCUUCGGCUCACAGGACGACUCCACAGGAAAGAACCUCAUGGCCGUCAGCCCGGAUGACAGCCGCACAGACAAGCUGGAGUCUAGCAUCUUACCUCCUCUGACGCACGAGCUGACGGCCAGCGAGCUGCUUCUGAACAAGAUGUUCCGUGAUGAUGAGCUUGAAGCAUCAGAGAAGUUCUACGUUGGCCAGCCUCGCUUCCUGCUGCUGUUCUACGCCAUGUACAACACCCUCGUGGCGCGCUCCGAGAUGGUGUGCUACUUCGUCAUCAUCCUCAACCACAUGGUCUCCGCCUCCAUGAUCACCCUCGUGCUCCCCAUCCUGAUCUUCCUGUGGGCCAUGCUGUCUGUCCCCAGGCCCAGCCGGCGGUUCUGGAUGAUGGCCAUCGUCUACACAGAGGUGGCGAUUGUGGUCAAGUAUUUCUUCCAAUUUGGGUUCUUUCCCUGGAACAAGAACUUGGAAUUUUACAAGGAUAAACCUUACCACCCACCAAAUAUCAUCGGAGUGGAAAAGAAGGAAGGUUACGUUCUUUACGAUCUCAUUCAGCUCCUGGCCCUCUUCUUCCACCGAUCCAUUUUGAAGUGCCAUGGCCUGUGGGACGAAGAUGACAUUGUUGAGCGUGGCACAGACAAGGACGAGUCAGACGAUGAGCUCUCCAUGAGUCACGGCAGAAGAGAUUCCUCGGAUUCCCUGAAGUCGAUCAACUUGGCAGCCUCAGUGGAGUCUGUCCACGUGCACUUCCCGGAGCAGCAGACGGCCGUCCGACGAAAGGGCUCCAACAGCAGCUCGCAGAUCUCCCAUAGGUCCAGCUUCUCAUCCAAUAAGUCCAGGAGAGGCAGCACAAGUACCCGAAACAGCAGUCAAAAAGGAAGCAGCGUUUUGAGCAUUAAGCACAAAAGCAAAAGGGAACUGUAUAUGGAAAAGCUUCAAGAACAUUUAAUCAAAGCCAAAGCAUUCACCAUAAAAAAGACCUUGCAAAUCUACGUGCCCAUCAGGCAGUUCUUCUACAACCUCAUCCACCCCGACUACAGCGCGGUGACCGAUGUGUACGUGCUCAUGUUCCUGGCUGACACUGUGGACUUCAUCAUCAUCGUCUUUGGCUUUUGGGCCUUUGGGAAACACUCGGCAGCGGCUGACAUCACCUCGUCACUCUCGGAGGACCAGGUCCCAGGCCCCUUCCUGGUCAUGGUGCUCAUUCAGUUCGGGACCAUGGUGGUGGACCGAGCCCUGUACCUCAGGAAGACCGUGCUGGGGAAGGUUGUAUUCCAGGUCAUUCUCGUCUUUGGGAUCCAUUUCUGGAUGUUCUUCAUCUUGCCUGGCGUGACGGAGAGAAAAUUCAGCCAGAAUCUGGUUGCUCAGCUCUGGUACUUUGUGAAAUGCGUUUACUUCGGAUUAUCUGCCUACCAAAUCCGGUGUGGCUACCCAACACGAGUGCUUGGAAACUUCCUUACAAAGAGCUACAACUAUGUCAACCUCUUCUUGUUUCAAGGGUUCCGCCUCGUCCCCUUCUUGACGGAACUGAGGGCCGUGAUGGAUUGGGUGUGGACAGACACGACCCUGAGCCUCUCCAGCUGGAUUUGCGUGGAGGACAUCUAUGCUCACAUAUUCAUCCUGAAGUGUUGGCGGGAAUCAGAGAAAAGAUAUCCUCAGCCCCGGGGACAGAAGAAGAAGAAAGUAGUCAAGUAUGGCAUGGGAGGCAUGAUUAUUGUCCUGCUGAUCUGCAUAGUCUGGUUUCCUCUUCUCUUCAUGUCUUUGAUCAAAUCCGUCGCGGGGGUUAUCAACCAGCCCCUGGACGUCUCUGUCACCGUCACCCUGGGAGGGUAUCAGCCCAUUUUCACAAUGAGUGCCCAACAAAGCCAGUUGAAAGUCAUGAACCAGUCAAAGUUUCAAGCUUUUCUGCAUUCUUUUUCUAAGGACACUGGUGCUAUGCAAUUUCUGGAAAAUUAUGAAAAAGAAGACAUAACAGUAGCAGAACUGGAAGGGAACUCAAAUUCUUUGUGGACCAUCAGCCCUCCCAGUAAGCAGAAAAUGAUACACGAACUCACGGACCCCAAUAGUAGCUUCUCUGUUGUUUUUUCCUGGAGUAUUCAGAGAAACAUGAGUCUGGGUGCAAAAGCCGAAAUAGCAACAGAUAAGCUUUCUUUUCCUCUUAAAAAUAAUACGCGAGAGAGUAUAGCCAGAAUGAUAGCUGGCAACAACACUGAAAGCUCUAAAACACCAGUGACUAUUGAAAGGAUCUACCCAUAUUAUGUGAAAGCACCUAGUGAUUCUAACUCAAAACCUAUAAAGCAACUACUGUCUGAAAAUAAUUUCAUGAAUAUUACCAUCAUUUUGUCCAGAGACAAUACAACUCAAUCUGACAGUGAGUGGUGGGUUCUCAACCUGAUUGGAAAUAGAAUAUACAACCAGCAUGCCCAGGCCUUGGAAUUGGUGGUUUUCAAUGACAAAGUCAGCCCUCCCAGUCUUGGGUUCCUCGCCGGCUAUGGGAUCAUGGGAUUAUAUGCUUCCGUUGUCCUCGUAAUUGGGAAAUUUGUCCGUGAAUUCUUCAGUGGGAUUUCUCACUCCAUCAUGUUCGAGGAGCUUCCAAACGUGGAUCGAAUCUUGAAGCUCUGCACAGAUAUUUUUUUAGUUCGAGAGACCGGGGAGCUAGAACUCGAGGAGGACCUCUAUGCCAAGUUGAUAUUCCUGUACCGCUCUCCAGAAACAAUGAUCAAGUGGACUAGAGAGAAGACAAACUGAUUUAGGGCAUGGACUGCACGUAAAGAGAGGAAUUGAAUUUUCAAAAAGAAAAAAAAAAAACAAAAGCAAAAAAAGCACAACAUUCUCCUGUAGUUCGAUGGAAACGGUUUCUCUUCUGACAAGUGGCCUUUUGGAAAUAAAAGCCACCUCGCGCGUUUCAGCUCUGCUGAGGAAGUUACUUGUAAUCCCGUUGCUCUGACGUCAGGGUCGCUUGCUUUGUGUUUUAGUCAAGGGCGUCUCGCAAUGACUGACUUGAGUGAAGGAAUCAUUUGUGGGCCCCCUCCCUCAGAAGAGGGGGAAGAAGGAAAGACCACCCCGGUUACGUCUGACUCUGCCGGGAACCCCCAACCCCUUUCCUGAAGAGACACCGUGAUGCAAUACACAGCUGCCUGUCACUGGUGGUGACAAGGCUGUGAUGGGAACUAAAUGAGCCUUCUGCACACCCUAAAAUAUGAAUCAGCAAUAGGAGGCUGAAAACUCCUACCACAUGUCCCUGGGGGAGAGAACAGGCAGCGUAAAGAUCCAUCAAGGAACCAGUAGGGGAAUAAGCCUCAUUCUAAGCAAAAAUAUAUUAGUGAUACUCUUACUGCCUUAUCUUAAAUGAAGACUGAUAAGAAAUCUUUCCAUUAAACACCAGUGACUUCUCAGGAAAAAAAAAAACCAAAAGCAGCAAAAUAAAUCUGUGGACACCUGCUUUGUCGAGGUCCGCUGGAGGGCUCACCACAGUGAUGGUGACUGUUCCACUUUCGAGUUAUUUCUCCCCAGGAAAUAGAGACUUGAGACAGGAGAGAAAACAAAGGGCCAAUGCAGUCAUAUUUGGAGUACUUUGACUCUUUAAUAACCGAGGCCAUGGUUGCUGUUCCACCUUUCCCCAACCUUCAACACUCACUCUCCCAUUUCGAUGAUUUAAGGCGAGGCUUUUUCCAGUAUGUGACAUUUUCCUUCCUGUUUUUCAGGUAUACCAAAGAGUUUACAUAUUCCAAUUCACAUUUUUACAUCUGAGACGGGUUUUUUAAGUUCAUAAUUAUGAAAGAAAUAUGUAUAUUGAGCUCGGGGAAAUAAAAAAAAAUGGCCUUUUCUUAAAUUAUUAGUAUUGGUAAUACAAGCUCUUCAUUAAAUAACAAUGUAGCAUGACAAAUUUAUGAUUGAAAUGUAGUUUUCAUUCCAUAUUAAAGUACAGUUUCUGAGAAGAAUCAUUGAAUGGGCUAGAAUAUGUUGCAAAAAAAAAAAGUGACCCUGUGUAGUUUGGGUUCAGGGGUGACUUAAAAUAAA